GGUAGUGCGUCACCCGGGUCGUGUUUUCCGCGUUUUCGGUCCGUUUUGUUUCAAAGAGCUCCAAAGGCGAGAAGGAUACAUUUCACUCAGCACAGUGUCCUCUGUGACAACAAAAACAAAAACAGGAGUCGAGUGGGUUGCCUUGCGGCAUCUAGAGUAAACACAUGCACGGCUGCUUGUGUGUAUUUUGGCUAGAGGUGAAUUUAGUGGAUAGUUCACAAUAGUGUUCCAAUACGAAUCGAAUUGGUUGCGGUAGUAGGUGCCCCGCUGAAGGGACGUCAGUUUUGGUGGUGAAUGAUUGAUUGCUCAAUGGUUUGAAGCAAUUUUCUCUUCUUUGAUUUGACAACUCUCCCUCGGAUGUCACGCUGGAUCAUCACCUAAGCUGGCUGGGAAUACGUCGAUUUAAGUGUGCAUUUGUAGAGUGUUAUCAUUAUUGAUAUAUUGGUGGUAGCUGAAAGAUGAAUUAUCGGCGAAAUAGAAUGCUAGGAAAGCUAAUAUCAACGCCUACUACUGCAGUUUACGGAAAGGGAGGAUAAAUUAUUGGCGAGAGGUGUUUUGUUUCUCCCCACAUAAAGUGUGAGCAAAUACUGGAUGUAAAGCACAACAGAUGAUUCCCAGGGGUAAAGUGGAGGAUUUGUGUUGUGUAGAUGAAUCAGAAAUAAGGUGAAAAACCAUCAGUGCAGAACAUAAGGAGUGGCGAAGAUAUUUUAUAUUCCUCGUCCUGAAUCGAGCAAGUGCAAAAUAAAUAUUAGCGAAAGAAGAUAUCAAAUAAGAAGAAAAAUCACGAAAAGGAAAUUGUUGUGCAAUAAAAGUGGUGCAGCAAUAAUACAUGCUAUCAUUGCAACCAUAAGUAAAGCCAAAUUGAUGAAGGACACUUCCACUCUGUUAUGUGAAGUGCGACGGCAAACAGGAAAAACGGAGCACAUAAGCCGAAUGGUAAACAACUGCAUGUGAAAUUUAAAAAUGUGCAAUCUAUCUUGAUGCAUAUGAAUGUAUCUGUGUAUGGUUCACUGAAGCGGAAAAGGAUUAUCUCUGACACGGAGACGGAGGUUGAAUGAAUAUUAAUUGGAUCUAGCAGAACACGGAUUACACGAUUCCUUCAUUACAUAAUAUCGCUGCCGGUGUUGCUGCCGGAGAUCAUCGAGUGAAUAAAUAAAUACUGUGAGCACAAAACGCUCAUUGAGAUAAGCAAGAAAUAAAAUAAAUCAAUUAAAAGACAUCGAUACCCGACCCGCAUAAAUAUAUCGAUAAUCUAGUCAUCAUUGGAAUACACUUUGUUGUUCUCGUGUGUAAACGUCAAAUAGUGUCCGUUCGUAAUAGCGUGUUUAAUCUACCCAUAAUAGCGAACUGUUUACUAGUUUGAAAAUUUGUGCUGAUAGUUGGAGUAAAAGUUAAUUAGAUUCAAUAGAUUUCUAGCUUGGAGAAUCCGGUGUGCAAUGUUUUAAAUUUAACGCUCUCCUAAAGUCAACAAUAAAUCGCUAAUAAUCAAUAGUUGUACGUGCGUAGGUGCAGUGUCCAAAUUAAACACAAGCAAAAGUCCAUCAAUUAAAGCUGACCAUAUGAAAACCCACAACUGUAAAUAGAAAUACCAGAAUCAAUCAAGUCGUUUCCCAAAUAAACCAACAAGAAACCAUCAUCAUCACUGAAAAAACCCAUUCUGGCUGCCAGCAAGAGCAAAACAAAAACAUGUGAAUAAUCAAAACAAACCAAAAACCUAACAUCACACGAACAAAACAAUAACAGCUAACAGUGCCCCGCAAAACGAAGGCAACAGAAAAAGCGCAAAUAAUCUAAAACCGUAAAAAACGAAUUUGUCAACAGGCCAUCAAAUCAACCAGAUUGGGUGCAAUAAAACAAUAACGAUCCAAAUCUAAAAGCUGGGCGGCGAAUACGAGAGCGGCAAUUGUUGAGGCCUGGAGGAAUUCGAAACUGGGAGCCAAUUUUGAGCAACAUACAACUACGAACAGCAGCAGCGCAAUAGACAGUUGCGGCAAAAUAGUAACAGCAUACCACGGGAAUAUUUGUACCGUGAAAUGAAACCGUUUCGUCCCUCAGCGCUAAAUUGCCACCGCUGGUAAUUUAAUGUCUGGCACCCGAUGUGGAAACCUGCGCUUCCGGCCAUUACGAUUUCUAUGCAAAACUCUUGGAACCGGAUCCGGUCCUGUGAGGUAAAAUUCCAAGUAAAGAAAUAGCCGAAUAUUGCGACCUUUUACACCUUCCUAGAAAAGCUGCAGAAGAACCGUGCAUAUGCUUCCCGGGACAAAACCGAACCUGGUCAGGAUUGCCAAUUCGGGGGAAUAAAAAUAAAAGUGCUGGAAAUUUCAAACAUUUUACCUCUUCCGUUGUUUAACCGGCCAUUUUUUCUCCUCGAUGGUGCUGCUCAAAGGAAAUACACAGUAGGCCCGUAAUUGCUUAUAGCCGCACCGUCAUCAUCGUCUUCGUCACCGGCAGGCUGCACAAGAAGGCGCUGGAAAAUUGACAUUCCCACUCUGGGAAGAAAUGUUUCCGCUUCCAACGCCUGCUUGGCCGAGGCGAAACAUUUACCUGCUGUAAAGCGUUAUUGCACGCUGAACGAAAAGUGCCCAUUCCAGUGGCCAAAAAGUGUGACAAACUGGUGUUGUGUGGCAGUGAUCAAACGCGCACAUCGGGAAAGAAGAGAGAGCGGACAAGGCAGAGGGCCGUGGGGUUGCCGUGAGCCGCAUCCGAAAAAUGAACCAAUAAAAUAAAAUUGAACGGUAUUCCUGAAAAAUUUCCAUCCCUUAGACAACGAAAAAAGGACGAAUCCGUGCGGGCGGUAGCAACAAGAGAAAUUACGGCCACGUGACGCACGCUAAAAAGAUUCCGUGGCUAACAGCUAUCCCUACCCAGGCAUUCUUCCCAACAGAGACGCCGAGAAAAAGGGACUGGCACACUUGUCAUCGCAAUCCGACAAAGCCACUCGCCAAGCCCAUCCCCGCAAAACUCCAGUCCGGUGCCAUUCCACCCCUCUUGCGUCGUCAAAAGCAGAAGCAGAAGAAGAAGAAGGAAGGUAACAACAUCAAAGGUGUGGUGUGAGUGAAACAGACUGACGACGGACGCGCGCACCAGAGUGAGUGGCAAGACGAAAAUAGAGGAAGUGCUAGAGCGAGUCCUUCCGGAGGGGACCAGCGAAACCGGCCAGAGUGAUGAUGUCCACCUCGUUAAAUCAGCAUAACAAUAUGUGCCACUCCAACUUAAUAUUCAUCAUACUUUUUAUUUUUAACGAUUACGUCACAGGCGAUAUUAGUACGUCAUUAGCGUUAAACAAGCUAAACUCCGGAGGAACAUUUUUCGCCGGUCCAUACUUAGACGGCAGCGGAGUCAGCAAUGUAACCACACAGAUAGGAACACAUGCAUAUCUACCGUGCAAGGUGAAACAGCUGGGGAACAAGUCGGUGUCAUGGGUACGAGUGCGGGACGACCACAUCCUAACCGUGGACAGAAUGACAUUCAUAGCCGACGAACGUUUUCAAUCAUUCUACGUGGAGAACAGCGGCGUCUGGACGCUGCAGAUCAAAUACGUGCAGGCACGUGACGCCGGGAUCUACGAGUGCCAGGUGUCGACGGAGCCGAAAAUAAGUGCUAGAGUACAUCUGCACGUUGUUGUGCCAAGAACCGAGCUUAUUGGUGACUCCGACCGGUACGUCAAGGCGGGGAGUGCCGUAAUCCUGCGCUGCGUGGUCCGUGGUGCCCUGGAGCCUCCGUCCUACAUCAUCUGGUAUCAUGGAACCCAACAGAUUUUCACCGAAAAUCGACGAGGUUGGAGAACGCAGUUGGAUCGCGGAGCACCGGAUCUGGACGGCGACAUCCACAGCACCAUUGGCUCAUUGAUCAUCGAAUCGACAAGGAAAAAAGAUUCCGGGAAUUACUCCUGCAGCCCAUCGAACAGUCCACCGAUCACCGUUUCGUUGCAUGUCAUCAAUGGAGAAUCCUCCGCAUCGGCUGUAACUUCAUCUGCCGGAUCCCUUUUUGAUGACAGUAUAUCAAUGGUUAAGCAGAGGAACAUCUAUAUUUUACUGCAGCAUAGGUCAUUUGUUAUGUUCCUCGUUUUGGUUAUCUACGCUCAGCUAAGCUGUCGCAUAUACUAGUUAAGAGAAUUUAUCUAAGUUAAUAAAUUUGCAGAAAAAAUCAUAUACAAUGCAAACCAAGCAUGAAGGGCUCAGAAAAGAGCCAUAUGUAAACAGAAAAGAGUAUGAAAACAAGUAUAUGAAGAGAAGCAUACAUUCCGCCACAAAUUUGUGUAUAGGUGAGAUUUGGGAAUGAUCCUGGACAUUUGCUCACAAUGUACAUCGACUGAGAUAUUUCAAACAGUAAACUGUAGGAGAAAACACAAGAACAAAAAAAAAAAACAAAACGACCGACGGGGAAAGUACGUUAGUUCUCUUUAAUCGUUAUCACCGAUCACCCAUCGCCGUUUUUUGGCAGCAGAAUCCGACAAAAUGUGUCGCCAUUUGAGUAAGAUUCAUCUAUCGUUUUAGAAACUUACGCUAAAAAUACGAAUAUAUAGUCAAUACUACAGAAUGAAACGAAUGAAGUUAAAAAACACUCGAAUCCACAAAUCGCAGCAACCAUAGCGGUAACCAACUAGUAACCAUAACAAAACAAAAAAAAACUACUGCACCGCCUACUAGUGAUGUGUGCAGCGCUCGCCAUACGGUCAGUUGAAAUGGGCUGGGAAAUUGGACAUCCUAGUGAGCUUUCGAAUUUGCUAGAAGCAGAAGGUAUCCCCAUUUGCAUAAACAAUGGCUGCCCACUUUGAUGCGCGAUUCCGAGAUUACCCAAAACGCAUACUGCGGAUCCAGAACUGGGAAAACAAUAAUAACAUACGAUCAGCCCGCUUCCGCUUAACGGUCACAGAGCACGUGGCGUCCAUGAAUAAGGUUCACUGGAAUAGAUUGAUGAUUUUGUGCGGAAGAGGAUUACGUUCCGGUAUCGAAGGCUAUCUUCUAAACAAGCGGUUGAUCCAAAACUGAAUUUCGUAAAAAGAAAACAAAAAAAAUAUGGUAUAAGCUCCACUUCUGCCAAACGGGUGGAACUGACAAAUUUUCAACGAACAGAUUAUGGCAUUGUUCGGGAUUUUUCUGAGUGGUUUCGUGAAAAGUCGUCCGAUUCAUUCAAUUUUUAAAUUGAAGCGAAUUUUGCAAUGCAUCGGGGCUUAGAAAAUGUUUAUUAAUUUUAUGCUGAUUAAAUUGUUCGAGUUAAGGUUCGGGGCCUUACACCUCAACAACAAGAAAAACACGAUUUGAGUUUGAUGUUUUUUUCUGAAGCCACACAAGAUUUGUUUCCAGAGUAAAACAAUACUUGUUUAUGACAUGAAUUCCAGACUGAUCAGAAAACGAACGAGUUUUAACCUUUUUUUGUAAUCUAACAUUAAUUCUACUGUUGUUUAGCUCUUUUAUUUAGAGUUUUUAUGGGUUUAUAGUCUGCUAUAUAUUUUUUAAACUUCUACUACUUAAUAAAUAAAUUAUUGAGUAAAGUGAACCACUUUUCACCCAGAAAUUCUUUUUUUUUUUAAUAGAGGUUGUCCCAUUAUGUCUAAGCACGAUGACGUUAAAACAAAUUAUCUCCGCUGUGUAUAGUUGUUUUCACUCUAACUUAAAACUGUAUGUAUCGUAUGCUCUAGUUUCCAUAAUUUUCAUGAAUAUGAGAAGCGUUUCCAAAAAUAUCGUGCAUGAAUGAUGUAGGUACUUCACCAACAUUUCGCUGAGUCAGAUGGCGAAAUUUGAAGAAGUAGUCAUUGAAGCGAUACAAUAAAUAUGCGAUUCGGAAGUAUGAAUAGGAGAUCUGCUUGAGUGGAAACCGCGUCCGGUGGACAAAACUUUGGACCGAAAAGUAAUGCGUGCCUACGCCAGUAAGAAGACUGCUUUAGUUCGGGAUGUGGCCAAAAACUGGGAUCCCCUCACGAAACUGCCCAUCGUGCCAAGGUAAGAUUGGGUCUAAAGACAUAAGAAGCCGAUGCGGAGUCCAAAACAAGCUGCUUUCAUAAAACCAAGAGCUCGACUGUUGAUCAACUUCUGUGUGGAAAAUCUGCGUGCGUUGUCAUCGACUGUGAAACCUAUUGCAAUUUUGAUUACAAAUCGCUUUCGGGCGACCAGUAUUCUACUGUUCGGCCAAGUCAUUGACGUCAAUUUUAACCGAAAAAUUCGGUAAAAAGGCAAUGGUUUGGCAAGCCAUAUGUGAGUGUGGCAUGCUUUCCGAUCCGUUCGUGACUAGUUCUUCUUCUUCUUUCCCCAACAUACCCAAAACGUGAAAGCAUCCUGGAAAAUUAAAAGACUUGCAUCCUUCAUUUUUCUUUCAACGUUAUCUCUGUUCCAUAAAACAUGCAUUGCAGAGAUAACUACGGCCAGGCCAACCAUGUGGUUAAUACCGCAAAAGAUUCUGGAGCAAGGGGAGGAAUAAAGCGUGGAGUUUCCUACCAAACGCUUAUUAUGGAUUACUUAUAUACCUACAGCAUAAUUUAAAAAUAGCUACACUAAUCUAAUGACAUUGUGUAUUAGGAAAAUAAUACAAUAAAAACGUUUAAUGUAAUGGAAAAGGUUGGAUCUCACCAAAUAAGUCUUGCAAGUUUUCGACUAGAAACCUCUUCCUCUAGUCCGGACCAGCUGACUUUAAAAUUCCUUUCGAACUCCCCCAACCAGGAUUCAGCAUUCCGAAACAAAGCACAAACCACUCCGAGAACUACCGCCAGUCACUUGAUCUUUCGUUCUCCACUGUUUAGUUCAAAAAUUUCUAGAUUUAUUUUAAUUUAAUUAAAAAAAAUUAUGGAUGAAAACAAAAACGCGUGCGUUGCCCAAAAGUCAUGGCUUACUUCUCCCUCGAGCCGUUCGUGACUACUUGCUUAAUUAAUAGGGGAGAGUGGGGAUACUUGAUCCCCUUUUGUUAUUUUCACCAUAUCUUUUUGAAGAAAUUUAGCAACUCGCCGUCUUUGACAUUUUCUGACAGCUUGUAACUUCAAGUUUCUAUGCUCCAAAAUUUGGAAUGAUACUUGAACCCGUUGAUGAACUAGAAGCAUUUUCGUGGGAGUAAAAAAAUUGCGAUUUUUCUGAAGUUAGGGGAGACUUGAUUCCCUAUUGAAGGAGACUUGAUCUUUUAUUCAGGAAGUCCUAAUCCUUGUAUACAAAUCAAACAAAACCCCAAGAAAGAAUGUUAAUUGACUAUUUUUGUCAUGUUUGUUCUCAUUUCACAAUUUAUAGCAGACAUAAGAAGAAAAUUCUAUAACUUUGUAUCAACGCUUAUAACAUUGCAUACCUAAAGGCGCUAUUUCUUAUAAUCAAGAGAAAAAUAUUUUUUUUUUCUCUAUUCUUCAGACAAUUGUAUGAUAAAUAUUAGUUUUUGGAUAAAUAUUAGUAAUUUCGUAAUCAACAUCCAUAACGAUCAAUUCAGAAGAAGAAUAUGCCGUUUGGAAGGGGGAUCAAUUGUACCCAACUCUAGGGGAUCAAUUGUACCCAUAAUCAACAUUUUAGAAAACUUUUUCUGAAAAAAGUUGAGAGUUUUCCAUUGCUUUGAAAAUAUGACAUUAUGAAGUUCAUUUUACGCUCGAUCGAUUGAUACAUUGGAACAAAUAUUUUUUUCAUAAUUUUCCCAUGUAAGGAACAUUUUAAAGUGAUGAAAAAAGAUCUUCUAGUUACAUUUUGUGAAAUUUUUCAAACAAAGCUCAAUUACUCAAACAAUUCUUUUGUUAAAAUUUUUUAAACUACAAGCAUUGUUAUUUUGCUCAUUUUGGCACAUUUUUCUAGAACAUUUGAUCUUAGUAAGACAUUCCAGUUUCGAGAUAUAGCUAAGGAAUCAAGUAUCCCCAGGGAUCAAGUAUCCUCAUUCUCCCCUACAGCUCUUUGCGUCCGAGAGUGUUCACCAAGUAAUGUUUUGGCUGGAUUUGGCAUCAGUUCACUAUUAAAAAGACACGAUGGCUUUGUACAAAUCGAACAAUCGUAUCGAAUGAGAUAAAUCUGCCAAAUUAUACUCAAUCGAGACUGAUUGAAACUUAUUGGGCCCAUUCCAAAUCAAAGUAAACAUGUGUAGUAGAGUGCCCUAAAUGACCCGACAUUUGAAAAAGUUAUGCGCUGCAGGCUUAAAUUGAUCCUAGGCCUAGUACAAGGUCUCAUGCCAAAUUUGGGCCAGAUCGGAUCACGGGAAGGGGUUCGUCAACGAGCCUAAAAGGCCCAAAUUUGGCAUGAGACCUUGUACUAGGCCUAGGAUCAAUUUAAGCCUGCAGCGCAAAACAUUUCACAAGCUUGAAAUUUCCCAUACAAAUUUGAGGCAGUCUAAUGUGUAUCCUACCGAUUCUAUCGAACACAUCGCAAUGAGCGAGACUGCUUUCACUGUCUCACGAUUGAAUGGAAUGUAAUUUUAUAUAAUAUCAAUGAAAUAGAAGACUAUAGAAAAAAUAAGUUAAAUAUAAAUUGAAUUUGCUCUUAAAUUGUAUUUGUAUUGUUCUUUUUAAAUCGUUCUUAGACAUAAUCAGGCACCCUAAACCACUUUUUGGACUAGAUUCCAAAAUUUGAAUUGUCAUUUUUUCCCCAUGAUCGGAUAAUGUCACAUGCUCGAUUUUAUUGCGUGGUCCGUUUAUGUCACAUAGUUCCAUUAUGUUGCAUGCGGAUUAUGUCACAUGUUCCGAUUAUAUUGCAUGCUGGGAUUAUGUUGCAUGAUCAGAUUAAGUCACAUGGUCAGAUUAUGUCAGAUGGUCAGAUUAUGUCAGAUGGUCAGAUUAUGUUACAUGUUUCGAUUUGCAUGAUCGGAUUAUGUCUUAAGGUCGAUUAUGUUGCAUGAUCGGAUUAUGUCACAUGGUCGAUUAUGAUGGAUGGUCGAUUAUGUCACAUGGUCGGAUUAUGUCACAUGGUCCGAUUAUGUUGCAUGGUCAGAUUAUGUCACAUUGUCAGAUUAUGUUGCAUGAUCGAAUUAUGUCACUUGGUCCGAUUACAUUGCAUAAUCGGAUUAUGUCAUAUGGUCGAUAAUGUUGCAUGAUCGGAUUAUGUUGCAUGGUUCGAUUAUGUUGCAUGAUCGGAUUAUGUCACAUCGUCCGAUAAUGUUGCAUAGUCAGAUUAUGUUGCAUGGUCCGAUUAUAUUGCAUAAUCGGAUUAUGUCAUAUGGUCGAUAAUGUUGCAUGAUCCGAUUAUGUUGCAUGGUCCGAUUAUGUUGCAUGAUCGGAUUAUGUCACAUGGUCCGAUAAUGUUGCAUAGUCAGAUUAUGUUGCAUGGUUGGAUUAUGUUAAAACGAACACAUACAGGAUCUCAAUGAAACAUGAUGUUUCCUCGAAGAGAUUUCUUUUUUUCUUAACUCUAAGCGUACAUCUUUCGAGGAUAUGAUGGCUAGCAUCUUACAAAUGCUAAAACCACCAACCCACCGAAAGUGUGCUAUGUAUGCCGUGACCGGGAUUCGAUCUCAUACCCCCUGGCUUAGAAAACUUGAAGACUGCCCUCUACGCCGCGGGCGGCGGCCAUGGUCAGAUUAAGCCACAUGGUAAGAUGAGGUCACAUGGUCCGAUUAUCUUGCAUAGUCGGAUUAUGUCAUAUGGUCGACUAUAUUUCAUGAUCGGAAUAUGUCACAUGGUCCGAAUAUGUUGCACGGUUGGAUAAUGUCACAUGGUCGAUUUUAUUGCAUGGUCAGUAGACUGAGUCGAUUUAGGGUCAUUUUUGAAUUUCUAAAACCCUGGGGUCUAAAAAGCUUCGUUUAGGUCCAAAACUCAUCCAUGAUUUUUUGCAGAAUUUUUAAGUAACGUUUACAUGAGUAAAUUUGAACUUUAAGGUUUGUAUGGGAAAAUUGAACAUUUUGUACUGAAAAAUCAACAUCAUUUUUGUUUCUUCUGUGGAACCGAGCCUGCUUAUAGUUUUUGUGCCAAUUUAUAAAUUUCUUAAAGAAAAUUUUCCGCUGAACAACUUUGUCGAAGCCCAUAACUUCGUAUCUUAUUAGGCAAAAAAAUUAUUAGCAGUUUAAUAGGGGUAUGUCUUUUCACAUGGAUAAACGAUAAAUUCAAUUGACAUCACUGCUGGUUGCCUAGCAAGGUAUUGCAUAACUAAUUUUUAUGCAACACUUCGCGAGGCUCCGGCAGUGAUGUCAAUUGAUUUUGUUUUUCAUCAAAGCGAAAAGACAUACCCCUGUUAAACAGCUAAUAACUUUUUUGCCUAAUCAGAUACUAAGUUAUGGUCUUCGACCAAGUUGUUCAGCGGAAAAUUUAAGAAAUUUAUAAAUUGGCACAAAAACUAUAAGCAGGCUCGGUUCCACAGAAGAAACAAAAAUUAUGUUUAUGUUUCAGUACAAAAUAUACAAUUUUCCCAUACAAACCUAAAAAUUCAAAUUUACUCAUGUAAACGUUACUUAAAAAUUCUCCUAAAAAUCAUGGAUGAGUUGUGGACCCCAGGGUUUGAGAAAAUUGAAAAAUGACCCCAAAUCGACUCAGUCUAAUGGUCAGAUUAUGUCUCAUGGUCGAUUUUGCUGUAUAGUCAGAUUUUGUCACAUGGUCGAUUAUGUUACAUUGUCAGAUUAUGUCACAUAGUCGAUUUUGUAACAUGGUUAGAUUUUGUCACAUGGUCGGAUUAUGUCACAUGGUCGGAUUAUGUCACAUGGUCUGAUUAUGUCACAUGGACUGAUUUUAAUGCAUGCCCAGAUUAUGACUCAUGAUUUGAUUAUGUCACAUGGUUCAAUUAUGUUAUAUGGUUGAAAUUUGUUAUACAAUUAGAUAUUGUCAUUUUGACAUUGUCGUGGUUCUCUCACAAGAUAAAAACUUGCUGUGCGAACGAACGCUAGGCCUACUAUUGUGUGGUGGUAGCUACAAUUCUAUCUGUAUCUACCACUGCAAGGUAGUAGGCCCGUGAGGAACAAAAAGAUGAAAUGUGAUGAAAAGUUUUUAAAUUAUAAAUCUUUCACCCUAUUCUAAUUUUCUAUGCGUCUAUAAUGUUUCAAUUCUCAAAUAUUCUUUCUCAAAGAAUAUAAAAAUUUCACCAAUAUACCCUAUAAAAUAAUUUUAUAAAAAGUUUUUUCGUAAGAAAACUUGAUGUAAAAGUGAAAAAAAAAUAAUUAAAAAAAAAAUAAUUUCAUAAAAAGUUUUUUCGUAAGAAAACUUGAUGUAAAAGUGAAAAACGACAAAAAUUCUAUGAAACCAAACUGUUCGGGCGGUGAACAAAAUGCGGGUAGACUGUAUAAGGUUGGAAUUGGCGUGGGCGUCGGACGAUUUCGGGUCGGAAAAUUCUUCGGGCGAAUUUGGGUCCAAUUGAUUGAAUUCCAUCUAUCGGAGAAGACGGUUCCACUUUGGAAUGAAUGAAACUUGCAAUCAAACUUUAACAACUUAAACUUUAUUGAUAAGAGAACCACGAGAUUUUGAUGUUGAUCGUAUACAAAUUUUCUCUUAACUGACCGUUAUUUUUCACUCGUGUUGCCAGUAUUUUUCAACGGUCAUUUUUUGUCGACUACUUCGACUACUUUUGACAGAAACGGAACACAAACUAUUCCAAUAAAAAAAACCAAACGAAAAAAAUUGGAAUGUGCAACACUCAUCAUUUAGAACUCCUCUUUCGCAAACUGUCGACAGUAGUAAAAUCAUAAGCAAAGAAAUGAUAUAUUUUGAAACAAAAGGAUAGUUAUCUGAAACUUUACGAGAUUUGAUGAAUAACCUGAUUCUAGCUAACCUACUUCUAUCGAUAGUGAAAAAUCUUUCUUAAAUAUUUCAAAUGUUUGCAGCAAGAAUCAGACAAGUUUUUCGGUUGAAGUGCUUAGUUUUAGAGUCUUGGGUUUGAUUAUUUCUAACUGAUUUUUUGAGGUUGGAAUGGUUAGCAAUACUUGUAGCUAAAAUUCAAAAAAAAAAAAAAAAAAAGAACCCAUAUAGAUAAGUUUCGUAUACAGUAGAGUGUUUAAAUCUUCAGUUUCAAUUUUUCUCGAGAUCUCGAGAGUUCCCGGGAAAAGGAUCGUCAGAUUUCCCGAUUCCCGGGAACGCUAAAAUGGCCGAGAAACGGACACUCUACUAGGGAUCAAUGGAACCGAUAACGAACAUUUUAGACAACUUUUUCUUGGAAAAGAGAGUUUACCAUCACUUUGAAAAUAUAACAUAAUGGAGUUAAUUUCUUGACAUAUUUUUAUUAGAUUUUUUUCAUGCUGGAAACAUUUGAAAGAAAUCUUCAUAAUUCUUUUUUUUUCCUUUUUUCUCGGGGAUUUUAAACCAAGUGGGUUUAUUCAUUCUGAAACUACAUAAUUCAAAAUAUGCAUUUGUUUAAAUUUUGUGAGCAAACAGCCGAGCUGUUUUGCUUGAUUGGGUACAUUUUUUAUAAAACAUUUGAUCGUUGUGAUUUCCGGUUGAUAGUUUCCGGUUUUGUGAUAUAACUAAGGCAUCAAGUCACCUAGGGAUCAAGUCUCCCCACUCUAACCCUGUAGAAAGCAAUUCCUAAGAGCCCUACCUAUAUUAAAUGUCAAUGCCGUGAAAUACAACAAUUGAAAUGUUGAACUCAAAAUGCCAUUUCCUGAAUUUUCUAAAAAAAACACAUUUCCUUAAAAAAUGAAUCCUUAAAAAAACACCACACGAAAGAACUUUUACGUUAGCAUUUUAAUCUUGUUUCGCUCAACCGGAACCGGAUCAACUUACUGACUAUCGCACGGAACAUUCAACGAUUGAUGUAGAGGCACCUUUAGGCUUGGAAUCUCUCUGCGCCGGGACAAUAAAUCGCUGCACUUGCAUUUUACCGUACGCCACUUUCUGCAUAUGUAUCUAUGUAUGUAGGACCUACACACCGGCUUCGAGUUUAGAAAGAGGGUACGAGUUUUUGAACUCGAGUUUUAUCACUAGGGCGGUCUUUUUUCGAAUCGAACAAACCUCGGAAACGCACCAGCAAAUCAGUACGAUUUGCCGAUACUUCCUUCCGUUUUGGAUGUUCCUCAUUCUGCUAUAUAGGACGCCUAGUAGUUCAGCUCCGAAGGCCAACGCAACGAGCUGGGGGCGGGCGGGAUGAUCUGUGAACUUUUAUCUGAUCGACUGACUGAAUCUGGUGAGGCAAAAAAAAUGAUUCGAAAGCUGCUGAAUGAAACAUCGAAACUAAACAGAAGAUAAAAAAAAUCCCCAGAAAUUGGUCAAGCGCGCAAAAUGGCGACCAUCAAUUGGGCAAAACGAAUCGCUGCUCGUCGUCGCUAGAAAACGAGAGGCACAGAAAGUGGAAUAUAGACAGACCUAGGACAUGAAUGGAAUGCAUGUUGUGAUCGACAAAAAAAAAGAAUGUAAUCUUUCGAAUAGUGUGGGAACAAUAGGGGAAAAAGGGGUACCACCACCAGAUAAGAGACGAACUAGAGCGAAGAAGAGUGGGAGGAACAUAUCAUGGCCUAGCCAAUCUGAAACAGAUACAGUCCAGUGACUUGAGUUAUGGUUAAUCUACUCUCGUUCAGCUCUACAACGUAUAUACCUACGAACUAGUAUAUAUUGGGUGAAAGAAUGAAAUAGAGACGUUUUGUGUUGCUUAAUGGUGCCAUAAGCGGAGCAGAUAAUGGUGCAACAUUUGUUAUAAUUCUUUCCGGAAAUCCUGUCAUGUUUCUUGGUUUAGUGUUUCUUACUUUAACCCCAAAUUUGAUGCCAUUCAUCUUCGCCAGUGGAGUGUGGAGCGAUGGCGAUUUUUGCCAAAGACCGAAUGCCGGUUCAAUUUAUCAGCAUGAAUAUUAAAAAUUGGCACAAAUGUGCUCCGAAAUAGAUUCUCAGUUUUAAUUCAAUCGUUGGUCGAAAUAUUUCAUUGAAGUUAAAAAAAAUUCUGAUUCAAAACUCUCAUUCGUAUUAAAAAAGCUGAUAUUGAUUUUGUGAUCAAAUUCUGAGAACUGAUUAUAAAAUCUUAAUUUGGAUUCUGAUUCUGAUUCUGAAUUCUGAUUCUGCAUUCUGAUUCUGCAUUCUGAUUCUGAUUCUGAAUUCUGAUUCUGAAUUCUGAUUCUGAAUUCUGAUUCUGAAUUCUGAUUCUGAAUUCUGAUUCUGAAUUCUGAUUCUGCAUUCUGAUUCUGCAUUCUGAUUCUGAAUUCUGAUUCUGAAUUCUGAUUCUGAAUUCUGAUUCUGAAUUCUGAUUCUGAAUUCUGAUUCUGAAUUCUGAUUCUGAAUUCUGAUUCUGAAUUCUGAUUCUGAAUUCUGAUUCCGAAUUCUGAUUCCGAAUUCUGAUUCUGAAUUCUGAUUCUGAAUUCUGAUUCUGAAUUCUGAUUCCGAAUUCUGAUUCCGAAUUCUGAUUCUGAAUUCUGAUUCUGAAUUCUGAUUUUAAUAUUCCUCUGGAUCUGGAAAAAUUCGAAAUGGCUUUCAAUUUGCUAAAACGAGGUUACAUUUUUGCGAUUCUAUUUAGUUCGAAUCGAAAUCAUAUUUUCAACCCCUUGAGUGGUGAUUAAAAAGUGCUCGCUUCCCAUAAAUGAAACCCAAUAACCUGUUUUUUUGUCAACAUUCUGCAGCACCGACCCAAAAAUGGUGCGAAUCAAUUAUUAAAAGUACCUCUAUCAACAAAAAUCACUUAAGUUGCCCUCUUCCAAUGGUCCGCGAUUGAAAAAAUUAAAAUUCGAUUGUUUGGCGUAUCUGCUAACCGAAAAUUACAAUGAACCAAACCUCGAAACGAUUCAGUAAUUGAAAAGCAAAAAAAAAAAAUGACAUUUCCGAUCCCGUAGAGUUUUCCGAAAAGCGUGUUGGGCGAGCACAUGGAUAGCUGAACAAUAGAGGGAUGCGCCCUGUGAACAAUAGAAAGCAGAAAAUAAAACAUAACAAAACAGAACAGAAGAAAAAACACAAUAGCUGAACAUACUACAUACAAAUACCGUGAACGUCCACUUUGAAAGCAAAACAAUUAAAAACAGAGUCAAAAAGUAUAUCACCAUGCUCCGAUGUAAAACAGAACAAAACGAAACGAUUGAUGAAAAAAUCAGAAGUAAUUUGCUUCGAAAAUUCUCACACAGACAAAACUAGUUUGGCGGUGGGGGAGCGAAAAAAAAACUCAGCUGCAAAACAGUAUCUGGAAAGGUGUGUAAAAUAGAACUACGUAAAUACAUAUGGCGUGGCAUAAGCACACACUCACCCACCCACCCACGUGUUCGAUGAAAAACACGUGGAGUGCGAGAAAGCGCAUGUAAAAUAAAGUGGAAACAAUUAGACAAAAAAAAGUAUUAUUUAACGGGAGGAUUAAUUUCGAUCCGGUGGUUGUCUGUGUGCGCGCAAUUAUGCAAUAGUAAAAUAGUUAUUAAACUUAAGCGUGCGAGGGUAGGAUUUGGAGUGGAUAAUUGAAAUAGUUGAGGCAGCAAAUAAAAUCCGACAAAUGAAUGAAAGUAAUUAGCUGAAGGCGAACGGUUUGCACGAUAAAUACAUCAAUAUCAGCAAAACAAAAACAAACCAAACAUAUUCAACAACACACAAAAAAACAACCAUUAUGUAUCAAACAUUUUCAUCGGAUGAAUGAGACAGAAAUUUAAAUGCCAGAGUAUCGAUGCAUACUGUUAUACAAAUUCAAAUAAUGCAUAAACAAGUAAAGUAAGUUAAAAAAAAAAAGCAUGACACAACAAAAAGCAAAUUCAAUUUUAACGAUACCAUAAAAAAAGCAAAAAUAAAAGUUAUUUAAAGAAACUGGUCGUGAAUCAAAACAUCCGUACACAGAAAUGCAAAAAGAUAACUAUAAAAAUUGGUAAUGCAGUGAAACGAAGAAAAACAACCAGAAGAAAAUAAACAAACUUAACUAGUGUAGUUAUAUAUUAGUUAGGUAAUUCAUGAAAAAUUAUACUGUAAAUAUUUUUAUAUUUUAAAUUUCAGUUGAAUAAACAAAAGUAUUUUUUUUAAUAAAAGUUGAACCGUAAA